AUGUGUCCAUCCUGCGAACCGGAGACGGACAUCAAUGGACAUGCUCAAAAUCAAAAUUCCAAUGGAAUCAACGGAUCAUCUGCUCUAACAAAAGAUACAGAUAAACACCCUGGAUAUACUGCCAUUGAGACCAAGAUGAAUCCACAUCCUACUAGCUCAAACCCUUAUCGCCCUGUCGGUGACUUCCUCAGUAAUAUCUCUAGCUUCAAAAUUAUUGAAAGUACGCUACGUGAGGGCGAGCAAUUCGCGAAUGCCUUUUUUGAUACCGAGAAAAAAAUUGAGAUUGCCAAAGCUCUCGAUGACUUCGGCGUUGAUUAUAUUGAGUUAACAUCGCCCGCUGCAUCUGAGCAAUCAAGAGCCGACUGUGAAGCAAUAUGUAAGCUUGGUUUGAAAGCAAAAAUUCUAACACACAUUCGCUGCCACAUGGAUGAUGCCAGAAUAGCUGUGCAAACUGGAGUGGAUGGAGUAGAUGUUGUUAUUGGCACGUCUUCCUACUUAAUGGAACACUCCCAUGGAAAGGACAUGACCUACAUAACAAAUACUGCCAUCGAAGUGAUUAAUUUUGUCAAGUCUCACAACAUUGAGAUCAGAUUUUCUAGCGAAGACUCAUUUCGUUCAAACCUCGUUGAUCUACUUUCAAUAUACUCGACUGUAGAUAGAAUAGGUGUCAACCGGGUAGGUAUCGCUGACACCGUAGGUUGUGCCUCACCACGACAAGUUUACGAUCUUAUCAGGACUCUCAGAGGCGUUGUAAGCUGCGAUAUUGAAACACAUUUUCACAACGACACUGGGUGUGCUAUCGCCAAUGCUUAUUGUGCCCUUGAGGCUGGUGCAACACAUAUUGACACGUCAGUACUAGGCAUCGGUGAGAGGAAUGGUAUCACGCCCCUUGGUGGCCUCAUGGCCCGCAUGAUAGUUGCAGACCGAGAGUAUGUUAUGGGAAAAUAUAAGUUGGACAAACUCAAAGAUAUUGAAGAACUAGUAGCUCAAGCUGUUGAGGUUAACAUCCCAUUCAACAAUUACAUCACGGGAUUCUGUGCUUUUACUCACAAGGCCGGUAUUCACGCCAAAGCAAUUCUCAAAAACCCAUCUACAUAUGAGAUUAUAAAUCCAUCUGAUUUUGGGAUGACUCGCUACAUCCAUUUCGCAUCAAGGUUGACUGGCUGGAAUGCAAUUAAAUCUAGGGCGACUCAAUUAAACAUUGAGAUGACUGAUGUCGAGUACAAAGAAUGCACUCAAAAAAUCAAGGCACUUGCUGAUAUAAGGCCUAUUGCAAUCGAUGAUGCUGACUCAAUUAUAAGAGCAUUUCAUCGAAACAUCAAGCAAGCAGAACCCAUUGACUUGUUGCCAAAUAUGACUGAAGCAGAAAAAAUUCUUUUAGCAAAGAAGGAAACGGAAAUUAAAUCCUGUGAAAAGCAUGCCAUGGACUCAGAGACUGAGAACUCUAUAUCUAAGAAAAUGAAGCCUAUCUCGACAUGA